GUCGCUAUUUUCAACUGCCUCACCAGCUAAAGAUUCACUCAUCACGUCUCUUAUCGCAACACUAGAUUGUUGUCUUGGUUUUUCAGCCUCGAUUCUUUACUGAUGAGGGACUUUCGGCCCGACUGACACAGGGAGAUGGGGGUACUCAAUAUUACAGACCAGCCGCCUCUGGUCCAGGCCAUAUUUAACCGGAAUACAGAUGAAGUGAAGCUAUUUUUGCACAAGAAAGACGAAGUCAAUGCACUGGACCAAGAGCGUCGCACACCUCUUCAUGCUGCUGCCUGGCUGGGAGAUGUUCAAAUAAUGGAGCUUCUCAUUACUGCAGGUGCGAAUGUCAAUGCAAAGGACCAUGUGUGGCUAACACCAUUACACAGGGCAGCUGCAUCCAGAAAUGAGAGGGCUGUGGGGCUGCUGCUGAGAAAGGGAGCUGACGUGACCGCACGGGAUAAGUUUUGGCAGACACCACUGCACAUCGCGGCAGCCAACCGGGCCACGCGUUGCGUCGAGACACUGCUGCCUCACAUGACCAGCCUGAACAUGGCCGACCGGACGGGCAGAGCGCCCUUGCAUCACGCUGCUCAGAGUGGAUAUCAGGAGAUGGUUAAAUUGCUGCUGAACAAGGGAGCUAAUCUGAGUGCCAGUGACAAAAAGGACAGGCAGCCUAUUCAUUGGGCCGCGUACCUCGGACAUCUGGAGGUGGUUAAGCUGCUGGUGUCUCAGGGCUCAGAUAAGAGCUGUAGGGAUAAGAGGGGUUACACCCCUCUCCAUGCUGCUGCUGCCAGUGGCCACGUCGAUGUGGUCAAGUACCUGUUACGCAAUGAAGCUGAGAUUGAUGAGCCAAAUGCCUUCGGAAACACUGCUCUUCAUGUGGCCUGCUACACGGGACAGGAGGCUGUGGCCAAUGAGCUGGUCAAUCGCGGGGCCAACGUCAACCAGCCCAACCACCGUGGCUACACGCCCCUGCACCUGGCUGCAGUGUCCACUAAUGGAGCUCUCUGCCUGGAGCUCCUGGUGAACAACGGUGCUGAUGUCAACAUGCAGAGUAAAGAAGGGAAAAGCCCUUUGCACAUGGCAGCCAUUCAUGGACGUUUCACUCGUUCUCAGAUUCUCAUUCAGAAUGGUGGGGAGAUAGAUUGUGUGGACAGAUAUGGCAAUACUCCUCUUCAUGUUGCUGCUAAGUAUGGCCAUGAGCUGCUUAUCAGUACUUUAAUGACAAACGGUGCUGACACAGCCAGGCAAGGGAUUCAUGGGAUGUUUCCUCUACACUUAGCUGUCCUUUACGGGUCCUCUGACUGUUGUCGUAAGCUACUUUCCUCAGGUCAGCUGUACAGCAUAGUGUUGUCGAUGAGUAAAGAGCACGUGCUCUCGGCUGGGUUUGACAUCAACACGCCAGACAACUUUGGGAGGACCUGUCUACACGCUGCUGCCUCUGGAGGAAACGUUGAAUGUCUCAAUCUGCUCUUGAGCAGUGGAGCGGACAUGAAUAAGAAGGAUAAGUUUGGAAGGACACCUUUGCACUAUGCGGCUGCUAAUGAGAGGUAUCAAUGUGUGGUCGUGCUAGUAGGAGCAGGGUCAGAGGUCAAUGAGCGAGACCGUUCAGGCUGUACACCCCUACACUAUUCAGCAGCAUCCACUUCAUUCUGCAGAACGGACCGACCCCACGCCAGCACCCAUCAGAACCAAGAAGAGGGGGAGAAGGAAUCUUUCCUGUGCGUGGAGCAUCUGUUGGAUAACGGUGCGGAUCCGUCUCUGUGCAACACUAAGGGAUACAGUGCUGUGCAUUACGCCGCGGCCUAUGGCAACAAACAAAACCUGGAGCUGCUUUUGGAGAUGUGUUUCAACACUCUGGAAGAGAAGGAGAGCUGUGGGCUUGUGACCCCUCAACACUUGGCAGUGGAGUCGGGUCAUUGGGAAUGCGUGGCCGUGUUAAUCGAGUCUGGAGCGUGUGUGGACGCCUGUGACCCGGUUGGCCGCUCCGUUCUUUAUGUAGCCUCCCAGAAAGGACACGCCCGCUGUGUGGAACUCCUGCUCAGCCAGUCAGCAUCCUGCUUUCUGACCGAGCACCGCAGUAAAUGGGGCCCGCUUCACGUGGCAGCUGCAAAUGGCCACUCGGAAUGUCUGCGAAUGCUGCUCUGUAGUGAGGGUGGAGUCGACCUUGUCAAUGUCACAGAUAUUGAAGGACAGACUCCCCUGAUGUUGGCGGUGUUGGGGGGACAUACUGACUGCGUCCAUUUGCUGUUGGAACGAGGGGCUUGCCCUGAUAUAAGAGACAGGAGAGGAAGAACAGCCUUACACCGAGGGGCGGCGAUGGGUCGGGAGGACUGUGUAACCGCCCUGCUGUCCCACGGCAUCUCGGUCCUCAGCAGAGAUUUUCUGGGCCGAACCGCCAUCCAUCUGGCUGCCUCUUGUGGCUACACUGAUAUUCUCUUUAAUCUUCUUUCUGCUGCUGACCACUCCCACCCCCACGACCCAAUCGCGGACCGCCACGGCUACACACCCACACACUGGGCAGCAUAUCACGCAGGUCAUGAAGACUGUUUGGAAGUUUUACUUGAACAUAAACCAUGUAGUAUCCAGGAGGGAAACCCCUUCACCCCACUGCACUGUGCUCUAAUUAAUGGCCAUAGUGGUUCUGCAGAGCUGCUGUUGGAAUCCAAUGUUUGUAAUUCGCUGGUAAACAUCAGGGACGCCAAAGGAAGGACCCCGCUUCACGCGGCUGCAGUCGCUGAGGACGUGGCUGGGCUGCAGCUGGUUUUGCGGCACGGAGCCGACAUCAAUGCCGUGGACCACUCAGGACGUUCUGCACUGAUGGUGGCCGCUGACCAUGGGCAAAGCGGUGCCGUGGCCCUGCUUCUCCACAGAGCCAAAGCUGACCUGUCCCUCCUGGAUAUUAACAAGAACACUGCCCUUCAUCUAGCCUGCAGCAAGGCUCAUGAAAUGUGUGCCAUGCUGAUCUUGAAGGAGAUCCACAACCCUAUUCUCAUAAACGCAACAAACAGCAUGCUUCAGAUGCCCCUCCACAUUGCCGCUAGGAAUGGUUUGGCUUCAGUGGUCCAGGCGUUACUGAAUCGUGGAGCUACAGUGCUGGCAGUGGAUGAGGAAGGUCAUACUCCAGCCCUGGCUUGCGCGCCCAACAAAGCUGUGGCCGACUGCCUCGCUCUCAUUCUCUCGACCAUGAAGCCUUCCUCCUCCGUGCCCUCCUCCUCUUCACCCUCUUCACCCAGCCUCAACCUGCUCAAGCACUGUGGCAUUACCGCCGCCUGCCCCCCUCUGCCCAACGGAGGCCUUCGCCAUGGUUACGGCAAAGAUCGCCAUGGUGCUACCAUCGGCUUGGAUGGCUGCUUGACCGAGUGAGGCGUCCUUGCUCGCUAAAAACAACCGGCGAUCUCGCUGUCGCUCGGAAAGGUCCUCUACACACUUAGAUAAACCUAUAUGCAAUUACAGCCACACAUUUCUCCUGUGCCAGUAUCGAAGCGUUUCUUUACGCAAACACGAAAGGAUGAAUUUAGCUAUUUAUUUAUAUUUAUUCCCCCGCCCCUACCCCUGACUCCCAUCUUAAAUGCUGUCUGUUCAGUAUGAGUCUAAUAAGUCGAAAAUCUAAGCCAUUUAAUCGAACCUGGUGACUCAAACCUUAUUUCCUUUUUCGUUUCGGUCGAUUCGAUUUUGACACGGUUCAUGUUAUAAUUAUGCAGGUGUGUGUCUCCAUGGUAACAGUGAUAAUGGAUCAGUUUCCAUAUCAUGCCUCUUAUUUGCGUGACGCUGUGGCCUUCUGUAGGAAUUUACAGCCUGCCCUGAGGAACAAUUUAAACGGGUUACACUCGAUUUGCAUGAAUUUUGCGGGACCAUGUAUUUGAUAGUGGUCUUGUGUGUGUGUUGUGUGCGUGCGUGUGUGUGCGACAUCCACUUUUGAAAGUUUUUUCAUCCCAUACUUGAUUCUUACAUUUUGAGGUUUUUAUGUGAGGUGCAAUCUGACUUGGCACAGAUCAGGAACAACAAAACAUCCGAACAGAAUAAUUUUUGACGUAAGGGAAAACCAUACUACCUUAAGCCAAAAGACCAUUGACCUCCUGCCAAAGGGGUCUGAUAUAUAUAUAUAUAUAUAUAUAUAUAUAAUGCAUGUUUACUGUUAGAUAAAGGAAGGCUUUGGAGGGCGGAUUAGGUUUACAAUGAAGGUGUCUGCUAGUCUACAUCACUGUUUGUCGUUUGGCAGAAGAAAGUGUUUUAAAUGUCAUGCUGCCAGGCAUUGAAAUGAUGAAUUAUGAAGAUGUUACACUAUGGAAAUCUAGUAAGCACAAAAUGUCUUUUAUGGAUACAAACUAUUAAGAAUGCAGUUGUCAUACACAGUACUCGCUCCUUGGACCUCCAGUUGUAUUUAUUUUUUGGGGCUCGUCAUAUAUUCAAUUAAAUCUACUGCUUGCUUUUUUUUAAUGGUGUUAUAUUUACUGUGGAUCUGCUUUUACAGUGCCUACUAAAGUAAUUUUUUUGUCCGCGUAAGGUCCGUAAACCCAAACAUCAUAUUCGCUCCCUCAACAUGAGUUUUUCAUUCGAAUCCGACAAACUUUCCGAUUCUCGUCGUGGUUAUUUUUUCUGAUUUGAGGGAGUUGAAGGACCUUUUUAAAUUUAGGUGAUAGGAGGAGUCAUGGGUAUGACCAAAGUAAAUCCAAAAAAUGAAAUUGAAUCGAAGAACUGAAAAUAGUCGUUCACCCCUGCUCUUUAUAAAAUGCUUCCUUAUUGCCAAAGGUAGAUUAAAGUUAAGAUUGUGCUUCCAUUAGGUUGUUUCACCUAAACCGCAAAAUAAGACCAUGUGAAUGAGUGUUCGAAACAACAUCUCUUUGUUUGUGCACCACAAACAGGCAAUAUAAGCUCAGUCACAAAUGAGACAAUCAGUUAUAAGGGCUUUUAAUUUUACCAUAGAUUUCUUUUUUUUUAUGAGCAAAAGCAUCAACACCUGAUUAGAAAGAGCUUAUACAAUGUAAAAAAAAGAUCCAAGACAAAACCGUACAAACGUGAAAUUUUAUUCUCGAUUAUACCAAUACUAGCAGGAUUGAUGUAGAUAGAGUAGUAGUUUUGAAGUACCGUGACGGAUAUUUGUAUGAAGGUGCGUUCGACAAACAAGCUAUGGUAAUGUGAGAUGUUUAAAUGGCCGUGUGGAGAGUGGAUUUUACUGAUUUCUGAAAUGACCUCUUGUUUUUUGGCUGCUUACUCGAGACUGUAAUCCACGCAGGCCUGAUAUAAAGCACUUGCUUAUUCAAUAAUAAAAAAAAGAAAUAAAAAAAGAUUUAAACUUGUUCACAAGCUGCGAAUUUCUGACCUCUACUUGCAAGGGUGCAAAUAAUGUGCAUGCAAACAUUAAAAAGAUUAGAUUAGUGUCGUACUGUUUGGGGUUUACCUAGCAAUUAAUGACGUUAAUAUGUAAGUUUAUCACGUAUAGGAACUUCUCUUGGGCUUCGGUGGAGGGUUUUUGAUGCGCAUGUAUACAGCACAGGGUACGAUAACGAAGUGCAAGUCGAUGAUGAGCUUGUUAUUUGCACUGCCAGUUACAAGCGCUGCUUGUAGUUGUACAAAUAAACUGAUUAUUUAUACAUUAAGUUAGCUUGUCAUACCACACGUAGUCGAUAAACAAGUGCCCGUGGAGCCUGUGACGAUUUUUAGUUAUACAUUUCAUCCAGUGCGAGAGAAAAGUGCUGCUUUUGAUUGAGGUGAUAGUUGUGUAUUUAUUCGCGAUCGUUUAUAUCCAGCCAAACAAAUGAAACGUACUUAUUUUAGCUCCUCGAAUUUGUAAACGUCGCAUUGGGAUUGCACUAAAACUGUUGAGGUGUUUUGUCGAAUGUAGCAGCUUGCUUCGAUGUUGGUGAUGAAAUAAUAAUAAUACACUUAACAACUUUGUAAUCGAACCCUUUCGGAAACCUUUAAAAGUUGGCGCGUUUGCUGUUUUACGUAUAUACAACAAUAAGGGAACCAGUCACAAAGUGGCAAUUUUUGAGUUUUUUUAGGGUAGGGUAUAACUGGUUUGGGCAGUUUACGCCCCCAAAGUCAUUUAGUGCCAUAACUUUUUUCUUUUUCUCAUUUUGAUAUGCUUGUAAAAAUGUGAAUGAAUGAUUCGGUUUUUGUGCGUGCGUACAAGACCAUUACCAAAAUAAGAACAAAUCCAAACUAGCAUAAGCUACUGUGCCCAUUAUAUAUAUUUUUAGAGAUUCACAUACUUUAAAAUGCCAGUUCGUUCACAAUCAGACAGUUUAAAGCCAGUAUAUUUAUAAUGAAGCUAUACUGAUGGAGCUUCCCAAUGCUAAUUUCUUAGCAUUUAGCCAUAACUUAGCAUUUAGCAAGUCGUUCAGUCAACGGCUCCUUCAAAAAUGAUAUUUUAUAAAUAGUUUCAUCUGCUAAUUUGGGAAGAGGUUUAAUUCUAUACGUAGUGGGACAUUGAAAACGCCUUAAAUCUUUAUUAACUGAAGGGCAAAUUUGAAUUUUACCAAAAUAAAGCAUUUACACAUCUUUUUAAGUUUUGUUCUGAAUCAACGAAGUACAAUAUUAUUUUAUUUCAUUUUUACACACCUGAAGGGCCAGCUUUCAUUGCCUGUUAUGACCAAGAUGGUUGCAGUUACAUGCGGGUGGAGUUAUCUGAUAAUUGUAACCAUUUUGUCGGAAAGCAGAUUAAUUGUAGCGCAGAUAAAUGAAUCUCAGUGUCCUUAUUGUAUGCUCAUCCUUGCAUUUUUGUAUUUAUCAAGUUUAUUUCUCACAAAGGUAUUAAUGGCUGAUCGAAUGUCUAUUUACCUCAGAGGACCGCCGUGUCCCUACUACUUGAAGACGCAUCCAUUUAAGGCAAUACUCAAAACACCCGUUUCAUUGAACCUAUGUCUAGCUCCCGACUUUUUGCCUUAAGAGGAAACGGAAUAGUUUAGCAGACGCAGCACUUGAGAGAUUUCGUUAACCUGGGAUCUCGUCAUUCCUCGAUCGGUGAGAUUCCGAAAGAAGCACAUAGUUGUAGAAGUUGAUUUGCCGAAAGAUGUACCAUAACGGCUUCUGGCCUCAAAAUUGCACUAGAAGAUAUUAUUAUGAUGAUGAUGAUCAUCUGCGAAGAACACAGGAAGUGCAUGGUGUAAAUGAUUCGGAAAAACCUCGAAGCAAAACGUAAAUUUCGGCCAAUGAUAAAAUGCCAAGGUAAUAUUUCUCCAUUCCACUGUCUUGAAUGCAGUGUUUAGGUAGUAAAAACUUGUGCCGUCUUAUAAAUGCAAAUCUUUCUAACAAGGUAAAUAACAAGAGCACAAUAGUGAAUGUGCUAUAUACGUAACUCCUCAAGAACUUUGGUCUGCAUUGUCUCGACGUGGCAGUCUUACCUCAUAAACUAGUUGUCCUUAAUAUUUGUCGUGCUAUAUAUAUAUAUAAAGGUACGUGAAUUUCGACUAGGUAAUAUUAGCUACGCAUGCUCCACGCAACUGGAAUCCUGAGGUCGCGUUCCUGAGGCCUUGCGAUGUGGAGAACAUUGGAGUUUUUCAAGAGGUGCUCUUGAGCUUGCAUAGAUGAUGUCUAUUAUCCUGGCCUACUGUUUGCUUCAUACUUCUGAUUGAGUUUUUUUACUUGCUAAGCACUAAAAAAAUCGUGAAUCCACUAGCGAAUGAUAUAAUCAAAAAUGGCUGCUUCACACGUUCUCAUCGGCAGCUUGUUUUCAUAAGGCUAGUUAGCUACAAGACCAUCGGAGCCUGACUGAAUGGCUGAUCUCACAGGGCAUGUAGGGAUCCCUUUAAAAAACAUUGUUUUAUAUGAAGAAAGCUAUGCAGGAAUAUUUUCGUUUAAUCUCACCAAUUUGCAUAGUGCCACCAGAUGCGCUUCAUUCGCCGACCAUCGUUUUCAUCUGUAAAUUCGACACUGCUUGUUGGCUUCGGCUGAGAAUGCGACUGCUUCGUGUGGCAUGCUGCUAUUUCUUUGGAGUCUGUAAGCGAUAUAUUUUUUUUUUUUUAUUCAUCACUUUGCGACGACUAUGUGGGACUGUGCCUUUUGUUAUCAAGUACAUGCCACAGGGUAUGGUCUUCCGUUUAACACCUUUAGUGAGCCUUAGGAUUGAACAACUGUUGUGCGUCUCGAAAACGCGGUUGCGUUUUGAGCGGUCAAAACUCUCGAUUUAAUUUGUCAGCGCCACCGAUAAAUAAUCUUUGUAAAUUGAAUUCAGUGAUACACCGAUUUGGUCGGUUUUAGCUAGUGACCUGUUCGAACUUUAUGGAGAAAAGAAACGUGUUUAGUUUUACAAAGUGUGAAUUCUUUAGUGAACUAGAUGUGUGCCGUGUUGUUUUUGUGUGGUAAUGCAUUGGAGAUUAGUCGUAAAUCCAGUGUCUCGUAGAAUGUUGGCAUGACUCCUUUUUGUCUAUGUUGUAUUGACGUCAAACGUAUCCACCUGAAAUGGACUGAAGUGCAAUAACUUUUCUGUGCGCCAUAGUAUCCUUAACGGAGGAAAUGCCCUCCUGCGUUAUUCAUCUUUCGUUUUACCUAUUUAUUUUUUUGGAAUUGUGCAAAUUCGAACUCCUUCCUGCUUUGCCUACACAAUUGGCACUUUCUUGUGGAAUGUACAAAGGACUUGGUGGAAACUGUGAUGGGUGUAAACUUUGUGCAUACUGGAAAGAUGGCAUUUCCGUUGGUUGGUUGGUCGAUCGGUCGUGAGCUCGGAGAGUGCCGUUUUCCAGUCCCACUUAAAGUCAGUGUCUGCUUUUGUAGCACGUACAGUGUAAUUUGUGCAUGUUUGUGUGUGGAGGGGGGGUUAAAUCUGUUCAUUUACCUCUGAUCGUUCGUUUCGAUACCAAAAGCAAAGCGCAUUGCCUAGAAUUGCAAUUCUUUAUCGAUGAAUAAGGAAUGUGAUGUGAUCAUAAAUGUUGUUAUUAAACUGUGUUGAUCAUUGUUUCCAGGGUUUAAUUCCCCCCCACACAAUUUUUUCAACUUUGGGCCAUACGUUAUGCGGUACCAAAGAACGUUUUAUUGUUAAACCUUUUUUUUUUUUUUUGCUUUGCAGAUGCUUGAACAUAAAAUCAAGAUCCCCAACAUUCGUCAUGUAAUGCAUUCAAAAAAAUUAAAAAACUAAGCUUGUAAUGAAACAUUCCUUUUGAAUGUCAUUGUAUAAAAUAAAAGUUUUGUUUAAUAGUUGGCAACCAAGACCGUAAGUCUUUUAGUAAUCUUAGUCUAGAAUAACUUAUUUACUUAUUUCAAGGUCCUUCAUUUUGGCCUCAAGCAAUCAAUGAUUUCAUAUUGAACCUGAAACACAGGUAGCACACAGAGUAAAAAAAAAUAUAUCUAGUAUUUCACAACAUAUAGGACCAAUGUAUGUCUCUGUAGAGAUGGCCACUUGACUUCUUCAUUCAAGAACAAGCAAUACGAGUAUCAAGAGACGUACGUUUCUUACGAUUUGUUGGCUCUGGUCGCUUCGGCCUAGCUAUUUAAUCUGUGGCACCUUAGGUUAACACCCUCUUCUUGUAACUGAAUCUAACAUAAAAGAUUUCAGUGCUGAGAGAGAGCCUUAUUUCAGUCAAACUGAAUGUGAAUUGGAUGUGUGCAGGAUUUGGCCAUUUUUCAGAGGACUGGCUUUAUUCACGGACCUUCUUUGUUCCACGUUUAAAUCCAGUUACAAUAGGACCCACCGUCUAUAAGACUUCAGAUGUUCGCUGUUACACAAAAAUAAAAGCAAAAAUACUAUGAUGUGGCUUUGUUUCCAUUGUUGUAAAACCAGAACCGAAUGGCUUGGAUAAAUAAAACAGGGUUGAUAUCACUGCUUCCAAACUUUACUCGACAUGCCAAGUAUUUGACUUAAAAACCAGUUACGCACUGGCUUGAAAAAACAACAACCCUGAGAUUCAACGGUUUACAAAACAAUGCACUAAAUGGUUACCUGAAAAUGCGAUGUGAUGCAUGUAUCGUUCGCUUAUAUCCAAGCUUUUAGUUUCAACAAUGGAAACCCAGCGACGGAUCGUGUAGUGCAGCGCCCAGUAUGUUUGCCUGACUCUGAAUAUGAGCGUUGUGUGCGAAUGCAAAAUAAACAGGGGUCAUACCGAGCCCUGUAUACCUCAUCGACAUAUCUGCAAAUAUGCUUAUCCUGUCUUUAAGUUGAACUUGUAGGAGAUACCAUCACCAGCAAAAGCCUGGGACCAUUGCAGGGUCUACAUCACACCAAUUCUGUAUCAGUGAACGAGAUCAUGACCUGCUUGCGUAAAACACUCUGCUUCAAGCCUGGAUCGUACCGCGGUGUUACCGAGAGUUAGAAACGCAAGGCAUUUUAAGUAGCAUUAUUCCUACCUCUGUAUUACAGCUUGAUGCAUCAGAAUCUCCACCAGUUGUGUUGAAACAUUAAAAAAUAUAUGUAUAUGGAACAAAUAUUUAACAUUAUAACCAACAAUCGGUAAUAUAAGACAACAGUUUGCGUGUUUGACUGUGUCUAUCUCUGUGUAACAUGCUAUUUAUAAGUGUAACACAACAGAGUACCACUGGAAUGUGAAGCCAGACUGUAUUAUUGCUAAUAUUAUUAUAUUUUUCUCUUAUUUUUUCUUUUUAACUUUCUCCCCAUAAUAUUUCAAAUGAUGUCACAAGUGUCUUGCCUCUAUCGCUCUUGACUUUUUUUUUACAAAACAGGGAAAAAUAUCAGCCUAUACUAACUGGCAUUUACAUUUGUAUUCAUUUUCCCCCUUUUUAAUUUUUCUUUCACUUCUAAAUGUUCACUGUGAGCGCUCUGAACUCAAGUUUACAGCUCUUGGUUGUGUGUACGUGUAUCUGGUUGAGUUCAGUAGAGUGCGUGGCUGGUUGUGUGACUUUGGUACUGAAGCAACAACUCUAACAAUUUUCUACUGGUGUCUGGGGUUUGAAAGGGGGUCGGUUGCUGAGUUAUGCACAUUUAUUCUGUACUAAAACGGGAGUAUAUAGUCCCCUAGCCUUACGCCCUUCCAAAACACUAUAAUCCGUGUUCGCUCCCUGCCAUUUUUGUACUUAUCCAUUAAGGAACCAGGGGCACGGGAAGAUUCGAUACGCUCUGCCCAAAUCCCUCGAGGUGUUCGAGUGACCCGAGAAAGAGAACCCUCACCCUUUCAACCCCGCAAAGACCUCAAGCCAUUCAUUUCCUUAUGUGACAAUGCAAUCCAGAAAGCACUUUGCCUUGUUAAUUCAUAGUAUGAGCUUGUGAAUGGUUACUUGUUACUAACAGAUGUGAAACUCUGUACGUGUAUUUAAGUAAGAAAGAACAUAAUCAUUUUUAAUUUAAGCUUAUUAAAAAUGAAUUGGUCUCUCUGACUUUAAAGACAAAAAAAAUCCCAUAUGUUUUUGUUAGUCAGGUUUAUGAACUGCUGCAGCCAGUAGGUCUCGUCGUUCAGUAUCGUGGCUUAGAAUUGGUAAUGUUUAAAUAAAAUGCUAUUGCUACAUACAA